AUGUCAUCUGAAAAAUUAACAACAGUAGAAGAAUUACAAGCAAAUCUUAUUAAUGCUUAUCAUGAAGAAUUUCCAAAUGAUGAACCGACUAUAUGUGCAUUUGCACCUGGUCGAGUUAAUUUAAUUGGUGAACAUUCCGAUUAUAAUAGUUGUUUUGUUUUUCCAAUGGGUAUAUCAGUUGGUACAAUGGUUAUUGGAAAAGCAUUAGAUGAUCAAGAAAAUCCUAAAUGUUAUUUUCGUACAUUAGCCGAGGAUCUCAAAGAAUCUAAAUCAUUUGAAUUAGAUAUAACAGAACAAAUAAAACCAUUAGAAUCACCUAAAUGGGGAAAUUAUGUUGUUGGUGUGUUGGCUUUAUUUUUAGAACGUAUUAAACCAAAUAAAAAAAAAUCAUUUCGUGCACUUAUAUCAACAUCAGUACCUAUUGGUGGUGGUCUUAGUUCAUCGGCAUCAAUUGAAGUAGCUAUGUGUACAUUCCUUGAAAUACUUUAUCAAGAUGAAUAUGCGUAUGAUUUACAAUUGUCUCAAGUAGAAAAAGCUUUAUUAUGUUGUAAAGCUGAACAAACAUAUGCAAAUGUACCAUGUGGAGUUAUGGAUCAAUAUAUAUCAUGUUUUGCUAAAGCUGAUCAUGCUAUAUUAGUUGAUUUAACAAAUUCAAAUGUGAAACAUGAAUUAACUUCAGGAAAAUUUGCUGAAAAUGUAGAACAUUGUCAACAAGCUGCUAAAAUUUUAGGUCAUAAAAAUUUACGUGAUGUUUCAUCAAUUGAUGAACUUGAACAAGGACGUGAUAAAAUGUCACCAGUUACAUAUCGACGUGCACAUCAUGUUAUAACUGAAAUGCAACGUACACAAGCUGGUGCACAAGCUUUAGAAAAUAAGGAUUAUAAGGAAUUUGGUCGUCUGAUGUAUGAAAGUCAUGAAUCAUUACGUAAAUAUUUUGAAGUAUCCUGUGCUGAAUUAGAUCAACUUGUUGAAUUAGCACGCUCAGUUGAUGGUGUUUUUGGUUCACGAAUGACUGGUGCUGGAUUUGGUGGUUGUACAGUAACAUUAGUUAAAAAAUCAUCCGUUGAAAAAUGUAUUGAAACAAUUAAAAAUAAUUAUAAGGGUAAAGCAACUUUUUAUCAAUUUGAACCAAGUGAUGGUGCUCGUUCCAUUGACUUAAAAAAGUCGAAUGAUAAAUAA